GCUUCCAUGACACAUCUCCAAUGUCCACAUUCCUCCUCCUCCUCCUUCCAUUAUUCCACCAUUUAUCUCAAGCUAAUUUUACUCCCCUCUGCACUCCUUCCUGCGGUGUCAUUCACAAUAUCAGCUACCCUUUCCGCCUCAAGGGCGACCCCGGCCACUGUGGUGACCCCAGAUUCGAACUACAUUGCGAAAACAACGUAGCCUCCCUCUCUCUCAAAUCCCAAAACUACAAUGUCAAAGCAAUCGACUACCAAAACUACACCAUCAGGCUGGCUGAUGCUUCCCUCAAAAAUCAUGACAUCUGUUCUUUCCCCAUUCAUUCCAUAUAUCCCUACCCCUUUGCACAUUAUAAUCCUUACGAAUCCCCAAUAUCUCCCACCUAUCCAUAUGAUUACAAAGACACCUUUAUCAAUCUGAUGAACUGUCCUAAUCCCUUGAACAACUCUUCCACCUUUACCAAUAUCACAUCUCAUUGUUCUUCAUUUAACGGCGGAUAUUCAUACGUAAAGGUCGGACGCAUGAAUGCCUCAGACAUACCGCAUCUGUGCGGACUGGAUCUCAUGGCAAUGACAUCGUGGGAGUUUCGGGAGCUCAACAAUGUAUCGCUUUCGGAAAUCCACACAUCUCUCUUGUAUGGAUUUGAACUCGCCUUCUGCACAGUUUGCCCAGUAACGCCAUCUUCCACUCCCACAGCUGCGCUGCUUGCGAUUCCUCUUGUUGUUCUAGGUGUGAUGUGUGCAUUAAUAAGCCCUCCUAUAUUCACCGUCGUUGGACUCGUGGCUCUAUUACAACUCUCGACGCUAACUGUCGGUUUACUAUACAACGCCAUCGGACUACCCCGUGGGGAACGAGACAGUCUCGCAUCUCCUUGGGCUGGCAUUGAAUUAGGAACAGAAUUAAUUAUUUUGGUACCAAGGUUCAUCCUUUUUCCUGUCGCUGUGUGUAUUUUGAUCAAGAAAUUUCGGAGGAGGCAUAAGUCCAUGUAUAAAAGAAUUGAAAGCUUCUUACGAAGUGACAACAAUAUCACACCAAUUAAAUAUUCAUAUUCAGACAUCAAAAAGAUGACCAAAGGCUUUCAAGAUAAAUUAGGUGAAGGAGGCUAUGGUUCUGUCUACAAGGGGAAGCUACGAAGUGGAUUUCAUGUAGCAGUCAAAUUACUUGGAAAAUCGGGAGCAAGUGGACAAGACUUUAUGAAUGAGAUAGCAACUAUUGGAAGGAUACACCAUGUCAAUAUUGUCAAAUUAGUUGGAUAUUGUGCGCAAGGCUCCAAACAUGCUCUCGUUUAUGAUUUCAUGCCCAACGGUUCCCUAGAGAAAUAUCUUUUCAAUAGAGACAAAACGAUCUCAUUGAGUUGGGAUAUGAAGUUUGAGAUUGCAGUUGGUGUUGCUCGUGGGAUUGAGUAUCUGCACCGAGGGUGUGAUGUUCAGAUCCUGCAUUUUGACAUCAAGCCUCAUAACAUACUUCUUGAUGAUAACUUCAUCCCGAAAUUAUCAGAUUUUGGGCUAGCAAAGGUUUUCCCAACUAAUAAAACCACCGUGACCAUGACUGCUACUAGAGGAACCAUAGGAUACGUUGCUCCUGAACUAAUUAGCAGAAGUAUCGGAGCAAUCUCUUACAAGGCUGAUGUUUAUAGUUUCGGGAUGUUGCUGAUGGAGAUGGUGAGUUUAAAGAGAGAUUUGAUAGGGAACAAUGACAAUUCUAGCCAGUAUUUUCCAUAUUGGAUAUAUGACUACUUCAACCUAGGGAAGGAUAUUGAAGUCGUGAAUGGUGGUGAUGAUGAGAUUGAUGAUGAUAGUUGGAGGAAAUUUGGUCGGAAGAUGACAAUAGUUGCAUUAUGGUGCAUACAGAUGAGCCCAAAUGAUCGUCCAUCAAUGAAUAAAGUCUUAGAAAUGUUGGAAGGUGAUAUUGAACGUCUAAAGAUUCCUGAAUAUCCUUCUCAAUUUAUUCAAACUUCCGUAGACCAAACAUGUUCCACUGAUUCAGUAUCAUUGCUGGAACAUGACGAGGCUUCACCCAGUGUUGAUAUUAUUGUUGAAGAGUAACAUAGCUGCGAUAGUUCUGAAUUUCCUUAACAUUGUAACAUGUACUACUGUGGGCCCAUGCUCUUAUAAAGUGAGUUUCUUUUGGGCUGUGAUUUGUAAUGUUAGAAUUCUCACUAAAUCCUUUUUUCGCAGUGGAUUAAUUUAAUAGUAUGGGAAGAAGUUAUUUGUAAA